AUGGGAACCUUAGGGAAAAAGAAGGAGAAUCAGCAACCUGCCCAAGGAUGCAGCACUGCCCCCAAAGCAGUGCUUGAGCUGAAGCAAAUCAAUCACUCUCCCAGCCUUUCACAUCUUGCCCAAGUCACAAUGGUGCCUGUGGGGCACUUAGCCAAAGGGGCCACUUUGGAAGAUCUUCUUGAAACCUGCAUUCAGUCUUUUGAUUUAGAAGGAAAUGCAUAUCAGAACAACCAGCUGCUAAAGAUAAUUCUGACCAUGCAUCAAUUUAUCAUCUCCUCUGCGGACAUGCUCCAGAAACUCAUUGAUCUCUAUCUGAAUGCUUUAGAAAAUAAAUCUUCCAUGCUAUGUGUAAAGAUAUGCUAUUUUGUGAGGUAUUGGAUUACAGAAUUCUGGGUUAUGUUCAAAAUGGAUUCCAAACUAACCAAAACUAUGGAGGAAUUUCAAGAACUGGUAAAAGCUAAUGGUGAGGAGUUACAUUGUCAUCUAAUUGACACAACUCAAAUAAAUUCCAGGGAUUGGUCUAGAAAGCUAACACAGCGUGUGAAAGCCAACACCAGUAAGAAACGGAAGGUCUCCCUCCUUUUUGAUCACCUUGAGCCAGAGGAGCUCUCAGACCACCUCACCUAUCUUGAAUUCAAGUCUUUCAGAAGAAUAUCGUUCUCGGAUUAUCAGAACUACAUUGUGAACAGUUGUGUGAAGGAGAAUCCAACAAUGGAAAGGUCAAUUGCUCUUUGCAAUGGUAUCUCACAGUGGGUACAGCUAAUGGUGCUCAGCAGACCAACCCCACAGCUCCGGGCUGAAGUGUUCAUCAAAUUCAUUCAUGUUGCACAGAAACUCCACCAGUUGCAGAAUUUCAAUACAUUAAUGGCAGUGAUAGGAGGUCUCUGUCACAGUUCCAUUUCCAGACUUAAGGAAACGAGCUCUUACGUUCCUCAUGAUGUAAUUAAGGUGUUCAAUGAAAUGACAGAACUGCUUUCAUCUUACAGAAACUAUGACAGUUAUCGACGUGCCUAUAAUGAGUGUACUAGCUUUAAGAUUCCAAUCCUUGGUGUCCACUUGAAAGACCUGAUAUCACUUUAUGAGGCCAUGCCAGACUACUUAGAGGACAAAAAAAUUAACAUACACAAACUUUACUCUCUAUAUAAUCACAUAAAUGAGCUGAUACAACUCCAGGAAAUGCCUCUUCCUUUGGAGGCUAAUAUGGACCUUGUUCAUUUGCUUACACUGUCCCUUGAUCUUUAUUAUACAGAAGAUGAAAUCUAUGAGCUUUCAUAUGCACGAGAGCCAAGAAGUCACCGAGCUGCACCUUUGACACCUUCCAAACCACCAGUAGUUGCAGACUGGGCCUCGGGGGUAUCUCCAAAACCUGAUCCAAAAACCAUCAGCAAGCACGUUCAGAGAAUGGUGGAUUCUGUCUUCAAAAAUUAUGACCAUGAUCAGGAUGGAUAUAUUUCUCAGGAAGAAUUUGAAAAGAUUGCAGCCAGCUUUCCAUUCUCAUUUUGUGUAAUGGCUAAGGACUGGGAAGGUCUGAUUAGCAGGGAUGAAAUAACAGCAUACUUUAUGAGGGCUAGCUCAAUCUACUCCAAAUUAGGACUUGGCUUUGCUCACAGCUUCCAAGAGACCACUUACUUAAGGCCUACUUUCUGCGACAACUGUGCUGGAUUUCUAUGGGGAGUCAUUAAACAAGGAUAUAGAUGCAAAGACUGUGGAAUGAACUGUCACAAGCAAUGCAAAGACCUGGUUGUGAUAGAGUGCAAGAGAAGAUCCAAACCUGCAAUUGCAGAUAGCAGCCCCACAUCAGCUCUUGCUUCGAGCCUCUGCCCAGUAGGGGUCAAAGAGCAGUUCCAUGGGCAAGAAGAAGGACCCUUCACCUUUCCUAACGGAGAAGCAGUGGAACACAGUGAAGACAGCAAGGACCGAACCAUUAUGCUCAUGGGUUCUUCAGCUCAGAAAAUCUCAGUGAGACUGAAACCAGCUGUGGUUCAUAAGGGUACUCAGACUGAUCCCAUACUGUUGGCUAGUGAUGUAUCUCAUUGGCAAGCAGAGAAGAGCGAGCACACAAUGCCAGAAAAUAUUUACCUCCAGCCUGCUCCACAAUCUCCUUGUCCAAGCCCAGGUCUAAGUCGCAGAAAGGCAUACGUUAAAUGGGAAAACAAAGACUCUAGCCAGAAAAUGAAGGAACAUCACAGCUGUAAACCCUCAUGCCAAGAACUUGAGCAGGAAAUUAGUAUUCUAAAGGCAGACAAUGAAGCUUUAAAGAUCCAGCUUGAACAGGCACAUAAAACAAUUGAAUCUCUCACACUCCGGAGAAGAAAUCAUGUAGUGGACAACAUACAGCACCAAGACUGCUCCUAGCAGACAAGACAGGAAGUUUCCUA